AAACACUAGAGCACUAUACAACUGCAGUCGUGUGAGCGAACAAGUCAUCGCCGCAGGCACAAAACGCGCACGCACCUUGACCACGACAAGGGUCGUAUUGUUCAUCUGCAGGAACGGCAGAGAGGCCGGGGACCAUACUCCCUGGAUCGCCAGCGGUAUCUCCAGCGCGAUGUGAAGAAGAAACACGACGGAGCUAGAGGGGAGAUAAUUGAGAAUCUCGCACGCACGGCCUAUAGCACGGCAUGCUGAGCUCACAGAGGGCUACGCGCGGACAUGGUGGUGGUCGGUGGAAAACUUGUGACGAGGCAAGAUGGCAAGCCUUCAAAAUGACACGCGCAGAUGCUUGAUAGCAACUAUUCCUUAUCUGGCUCGGUGCCUGAUUCCCGUUCGGUGUCAUCCAGGCCCUUGCCCUCUGAAUUGUGGCCUACUUGAAGCCUAGGCAUUAAAAUCCUCGUCCCUGGCCACGUAUGAGUCAAUUUCAUUUACGAAUGCUAGCUAGCCAGCAGAUAUUAUAGCUCAGAGGUAUGAUACUAAUAUAUAUACAUAGAGCAAAGAUGCAAAGCAGAUCGAGGACGUGAAUGAAGAUGCAAGGGGAAAUAUGCGUGGGAUAUGUUGAUUUGUUAUGCCGGGGGAGCCAGUGCACGGUAAUCCUCCAUCUCUUUGUCCAGUUCUUCCUUUGACCGCGAAGUUGCCCAUUGCUUCUUCAGCCGUUUCGGCCCCUUCUUGGCGCGUCGGCGAGGAGGAACAGGUGCAGCGAGCGUCGCAUUAUGUGGGGUAGCAGGCCGCGGAGGUGGUGCUGGUGGCGCUAGAUUUGUCGCUUUUUUUGUUUGG